CCAACUACCGUGGGAGCAAAUUGGACGCCUUCGUCUACGCUUUAUAAAUAUAAGAUAUGGAACAUUUGUAUUAAUACAUUUAGGAAUACUUCAUGGGCUAGCAUGAGACGCAUUAAAUCAUAUUCGAUAUUGUUCCGUAACACAAACUAAAAACCAUUUCGUUUAGAAAACCCGGAAAAAUUUUAAUAUUUCAUUAUAUUUACAUAUGUACAUAUACAUAUACAAACAUAUAUACCUGUACAUAUAUAUUUUUAUUAACAGUCUGCAGAUAAAAAUUCUGCCCCUAAAGCUAAACUUUCGAAGUCUGAAGAUCCCAUUAUGGACGCCAAUCUUCCAGUAUUAUAUAUUGAACACUGCCGCUCCUGAAAUGUAUUUCGCCGUCGUGCCCUUCAAGUACACGCAGAUCUUCUAGAACGUUUGCGCAAUUUAAAGCCCGACAUAGAACUACAAUUGCUCAUGAAUAACGAACGCCCGCCGCGUCGUGGUUCUUUUGAAAUAGCCAUUGCUACAAAUCCUACCGAAGAGCGCCUAGAGUUGUGGUCAGGUCUAAAUCGUACACCACGUGCGCAAAAGUUUCCACCAAUUGAUGACUUGGCUGAAGCGGCGAGUCGCGCUUUGAAUCUUAAAUUGGCUGAGGACACGGCAUGCGGUAGCAAUGCAGCUGAUGUUGGUGAACAAAAUGGAACAUUAAAAGUGGCAGCAAAAAGACGUAAACGAUCAAAUUAAAAAAAAUGUAAAUGCAUCCGGUGCUAGUAGCAUUCAUGACCGGUGUUUGGUAAAAUCUUUUCUCGAGAAGCUAAGCACUGCGAUAUUUUUGUGCUCCAUGCGCUGCUUGCAGUAUAUAAAAUAUUCAAACAAACCCACGUUGGUAGUACUACAUUUGAACUUUCUACAUUUGCUGAAAAGUGUUCCUGCUGCUCAGCUGCAUUCAUUCCACUACACCCAAGCGCCAUAGAGUUCCUUUAAUUCUUGUAACUGUGAUUCAGAUGGAAUCAUAAUCGGCGCUUCAUUACCGACUUUAUUCACGAAAAAGUAAUUUUUCUUACAUAUAUUUACUUUCAGAUUUGAAUUUAUUUGCAAACAUAUGCCAUUUUCCCCCAAUGGCACUUAAAACUGG